UCAUGAGACGGCAAUAAACCCCUUUUGGAGAUUCUGUAAUUCUGACAACUAUUCUUUAAAAGAGCAAAAUAAUCUCUGCAUUUCCAAACUUCUGACUUUCUCUAAGCAGCAGGGGAAGAAAACAGAGCCAUCCCUUUUGUCUCCUGCAACUUCCCUUCAAGUUCUAGCGCAACCUAAGAAUGGCUGGCUCUUCUCUUGAAGAUAUUUCAGCAUCCGGAGCAUUUAUGAGAAAGCCCUCAACCUUCCGGAAUGCAAUCUCACGAGAUCCAAACUCUCCUUUCCCUGCAGAGGCUGGAAGGUAUCACCUAUAUGUAUCAUAUGGUUGCCCCUGGGCAUCCAGGUGCCUGGCAUGCUUUAAGAUCAAAGGACUGGACAAAAUCAUCAGCUUUACAGCUGUUAAAAUCAAUUGGGCAAGGACCAAGGAUACUGAUGAGCACAUGGGAUGGGUUUUUCCUGCUUCAAGUACAGAAGAACCUGGUGCAGAUCCUGAUCCUUUAAAUGGGGCUAAAAGUAUCAGAGAACUGUACGAGAUUGCGAGCUCAAACUACUCAGGAAGAUAUACGGUUCCUGUUCUUUGGGAUAAGAAAACGAAAACCAUUGUCAAUAACGAGAGUGCAGAGAUAAUCCGGAUGUUGAAUACAGAGUUCAAUGAUCUAGCUGAGAAUCCAGAGUUGGACCUCUACCCUUCCCAUUUGCAAUCUCAAAUUGAUGAGAUAAAUGGGUGGAUUUAUGAGGAUAUAAAUAAUGGAGUAUACAAGUGUGGGUUUGCAAGGAAGCAAGAACCUUAUGACGAGGCAGUGAAAAAGUUAUACGUAGCCUUAGACAAAUGUGAGGAGAUACUCAGCAAGCAAAGAUACUUGUGUGGUGGAACUGUGACUGAAGCAGACAUUCGUUUGUUCGUCACCCUCAUAAGGUUUGAUGAGGCUUAUGCAGUGUACUUCAAGUGCAACAAGAAGCUAAUACGAGAAUAUCCAAAUCUUUUCAAUUACACCAAGGACAUUUUCCAGUUACCUGGGAUCAGUUCCACUGUCAAGAUGGAUUUCAUCAAGAAGGGCUACGGAAGUCUUUCAUCUAACAAUCCUUCUGGAAUCAUCGCCUGCGGUCCAGAUAUUGACUACUCCUCUCCGCAUGACAGAUCAAGAUUCUAAGCGUAAAAGCUGCAUAUUGUCUUCUGUCUGCACUGCAGUAGUCCAUGUUUGUAAAAUUCAUCCAAGUUUCCUGGAGCUGAAAAUGUACUACUUUUGAAGAGCAAAUUUGCUACUGAUUACUCAUAAGAUGAUAGCCUGGGUGAUAGUUAGAAUUUUGCUACUGA